AUGGCGGACAGAUAUUCCUUCUCCUUGACGACCUUCUCCCCCAGUGGGAAGUUGGUUCAAAUAGAAUAUGCCUUAAACGCUGUCAACCAAGGUGUCACCGCACUAGGUAUUAAGGCUACAAACGGUAUCGUCCUCGCCACAGAAAAGAAGUCCUCAUCUCCUCUGAUCGAUCCUCCAUCCCUCUCAAAAGUCAGCCUCAUCACCCCGAAUAUUGGCAUGGUAUACUCCGGAAUGGGCCCAGAUUACAGAGUUCUGGUCGACAAGGCACGCAAAGUCUCACACACCGGUUACAAGCGUAUCUACAACGAGUACCCACCGACGAGGAUAUUAGUGCAGGAUGUUGCGCGAGUUAUGCAAGAAGCCACGCAGUCAGGUGGUGUACGGCCGUACGGGGUGAGUCUGUUGAUUGCUGGGUGGGACGAGGGUAUUGAGCCGGAGACGGAGGGUGCUGCGACUACCGAUGUACACCCAGAUGAGAAGAAGGCCUCAGGAAAGACUGGUGGCAUCUUGAAGGGAGGACCCAUGCUAUAUCAGGUUGAUCCCAGCGGCAGUUAUUUCCCAUGGAAGGCAACGGCGAUUGGAAAGAGCGCUACUUCUGCGAAGACCUUCUUGGAGAAGAGAUACACCGAGGGUUUGGAGCUGGAGGAUGCAGUACAUAUUGCUUUGUUGACUUUGAAGGAGACGAUCGAGGGUGAGAUGAACGGAGAGACUGUAGAGAUUGGCAUUGUUGGGCCCCCGGCUCACCACCUGCUUGGCGUUGAGGGAGUUGAAGGUGCACAAGGACCAAGAUUUAGAAAGCUGAGCCCUCAAGAGAUCGAGGAUUACCUUACGAAUCUAUGA